AUGAAAAAGAAGUUAAGUUUUUAAUUUGCUUUACCUGGAAUAGAAAAAGCGUACUAAUAAGAUAGAUUAAUAAAAAAUAUUUGGAUGAGAAAGAUUCUGUCUAUCUUAUUAUUAUUGUUUGCUUUAGUGAGAUUAAUAAAUUCAAUAAUUGAAGGAAAUAGCAUUGUUAUGUAUUGGGAAAUAUGUUUUGUUUGUUACAGUAUAUUUCUGUUGUUUUUUUCUUUUAAGGGAACACCAGAAAAGGUGAAGACCAUAUUUUCAUUUACAAAUAAUUUACUCAGUGUUCUGUAGGUGUAUGCUCAUUAUUAUCUAUAACCUUAAUCUAUUUAUAUAAAUGGAUAAAAUGUAAUGAUAUUUAACAUGACAAUGUUUUAUUUUUCAAGCAUUUAAGAAGCUCCAAUUCAAUUAGUCGUUUUUUUUGUUUCAAGAAUAUUGAUUUAGGGAUUAUAAAAUGAUCAUUUUAUAGUGUAAGAUUUCAUAUAAAUAAUAAUAUCCACUCUUUGUAUAUUGUUAUUUAUAUAUUAAAAUGAUUAAAAUUAGAGAACUCAUUUUUAAUUAUAAUUUUCUGAUAAAUAAUGGGGUAAAUUAAAUAAUUUUAAUUAGAAUAAACAUUGACAGUAAUAAUACAAAAUCCAUUUUUGAUGUUUACAUUUGAUGAAGAGAGAAUUAAUUUUAACUUAAAAUUAUAGAAUGAUAUGUAAAAAAUCUUUUGGGAUAAUGAAAAGGCACCAUCUGAAAAUCUGAGAUCAUUUUUAAGAUCUUAUAAAAUGGGAACUGACAAUCUUGAAUAGUAUAUUUUGAAUAGGAAGAGAAGUUUUAAUGAUUAUCAAAAGAUUUUCUUACAUAAUUUAAGAAUUUAAAGAAAUGAUGAGGAUUUAGAAUAAAAAAAGACAAUAAUAAGACUAUCAGACUUUUAUUUAGGUUAAUAAGUAUUUUUAAUUGUAUUUGAUCAAAAUGAAUAGAAAAUUCGUUAACUUACAAAACUCAAAGAUGCUUUAAUUUAAGGAAUAAACCAACAUUAAAAUCUAACACUUAAUUUUCUAAAGAAAUAAUUAAUUCUUAUGUAAAAUGCUAUUUUAUCAAAAAAUACACCUGAACAUAUUUAUAUGUUAAAAAUUCAUUGUAUGUACUUUAUUGGUAAGUAUACUUAAUGCAAUAGUUUUUAAGAUAUUGAAGAGAAGCUUUAAUAGAUUAAUUUUACUGAAAUGGUAAAAGAAAUGAUUCAUAUUUACAGGAUGGCAUAUAGAAAUAUAUAAAUUGAGUUUUCUAGUAAUAGUUUUGUUGACAUUUAUGCAUUCAGCAAUUAACAAUUAUUACAAAUAUUUUUGGUUAUUUUGUUUUAAACUUUUGUUCGGUUAAAUUCAAAUGGAAAGACUAUAUUUGUACAUUUAACUGAUACUAAAAGUAAUUCUGAAUUCUAGUUAAUAAAAGUUGGCAUUAUAUUUGAUCAAGCAUAAGAUUUUAAGUAAAAAUUGAUUAAUAAUCAAUUAUUCUAUAAAAUCUAAGUAAGAUUAAGUCCAAAAGUAGAUAUCAUAACAUCAGAAAAUUGUAAUAAUCAAUAAUAUUAUUAAAGGUUGUUAAUUCUUAAUUUACAAGAAUCUAGAGAAAUUAAAUGAAAUAAGAGUUCUUGAAGAAGAAAUAGAAUGA